AUGGUCAUGUCAGAAUCUAACCCCGGCUUCCGCGACUCAAAUUUGCCCACCACACGGGAACCUCAUUCUGUCAGCGAUAGCUCAAGGGCUCGUGGUCGUACCAUUUUUAGACCACGACGAUCUGUACGUGUAAGGUACCAGAGCACAAACCAGCAACAUCAUGGCCAUAGAUCGAGUUCAUCACCACCCGAUGCAACUUCAUAUAUAACAAGCCCAACCAAACAGCCUAGUCACGUUCAAGAAGCGAACGACGGCGCCGUGGAAAUGGACUACAAUGGUGAAGCAGACUGGAUGGAUGAAUUUGAGCCUGGUUCCGCCGCCUCUGGACCAGGAAAGCAACACAAGAGUUUGCCUACUCGCGACAGACGGCCAAGACGUGAUGUAUCUUCGAGAUCCCAGCAUCUCUCCAAAGACGACUCGGUACCUUCAAAGGAAGCUCAUAGAAAUGUCAGUCCCUUGCAUAUGUCCGAGCUCGGUGGCUCAACACCCCCGAGAAAAGUGUCUCGUUCGACUCUCAAAGGCCACCUAUCCGAGAUGGAGGCAGACGCAUGUCCUGCACCGUUGCACAGUCAUGCUGCGGAUGUCUUCAGCAACAGUUCUGUUGCACAAGGUCACCAGAAUAUAAACGACGAACUCGUGGAGGCCAUUUCGAGAAAUAUAGCCCAGCAACUACAGAUGCUAUCAAUCAACAACACAAGCGUUCAUGGACAAAGUGGCACCCAACGGCCAAGUUCCCGGACCUCGGAUAGCCUCGAAAACGAGUCGAGAACCCCAAGCCGGAUGGAAGCUCUGAAUAGAUUCACUCAAGAGCUGCAGAGAUAUGCUGAGCAGGCAGGUGCAAAAGGCAGGCUGCCGAUACCUACUCCGACCCCACCGCGUUCCUGCACAAGCCUUCAUACGAUAGCAGCUCUUCUACCCUUUCGUUCUGAGUUUAAGGCUGCCGGUCUUGCGAUUACUUCAAAAGAUCAAAAGAAACGUUCCUCCCACCGGUCUCCUGUUGGUAAACAUAGAGCGAUAAUGAACCAAGCACCACCGUCUCGUGUCGAACAACAGCAUAUCCUCCAAAUGGAUGGCCACGCAGGGUGUCCCAAAUCCCUCAACGAGAAGGCUCUAACAGGACCUACGGCCAAGCUUCCCAGACCACGAAUGCAUACAUAUCCCGAAUGGCCCGCUGUCACAUCUUUGGAGAGAAGGGCGAAUCAGCGGAAGAACCUCGACGAACGGAAGACGAAAUCGACUUCUCCAGCAGUACGAAGCGCACCAAAGGCGAAGCAAGCAAACCGGGCUUUUUUCACUGGGCGAGGGACACCUAUGAUCGGCUCGAGCGUGUCCUUGGAAUCAGCAGUUCAGGAUAAUGCUGGCCCAUCUUCAAAUAAACACCACCCUUGUGCAAAGAAUGGCAUUUAUCCAAACAGAAAUUGUAGCCAAGGAAACGAAGAGGAGAGCCCAUGCAUCAGACCAGUGCAGACCUCGAGAGAUAUCAAGCAGUCCGCAAUGGUGCAACCUCACCCCAGAAGCCGCCAUAGCUUAAAUGCUGAUAUUGUUGUCCCACAGCAAUUACAUGCCACAAGAAAGUCCAGCAAACCUUUGCCAGAACUCCCCCACUCAGAUCUGUCAUCAACAGCUACAGAACAAAGCUGCAGAUUGUCUGUGGGAGAUGUCUCACCAUCUACUUCGAAGAAGGACUUCCUUGAUAAAGAGAAAGCAAAUGUAACAUCGGACAGGAGAAUCGAGUAUGGAAGCCCUUCCAUACCACCAAAUCAUGUUACUGUCUGUUCACGAGGCUUUUCUGGUCGAAAGAUUGGACGACCAAACGUACCAAAGCGAACAUCAUCCAUUCGAAGUCUUCGAGCAGCCAAUCAAGAUUAUGACCAGGAUGGAGUCCUAGAUCGCGAUGUGCUAAGGGGUCUUCAUAUUGCAUCGUCGGCAGCUUGCAAUGAGCAGAUUGAUUCAUUCAUCCAUGAGAAGACUGGCCUACACAUCCGACAAUUUCUGGCUGAUCUCAUGCCGCUUGAGAGUCUGGGCAACGAACCAGUGCGGGAAUCGAAGGAAGAAAGGUCGAAGAGAAGGCGGGCAGACAUCAGGGAGGUGAAGCGACGAGUGAGGAAAUCUCGACAGAUGAGAGAACGCGCCAUGGUCUGA